AUGAUCCGUCUCUCGCAAGCCCUCGCAAGGCUUAAGUACUAUUAUCAACACUGAUCGUAGAAAGAUGGUUCUGGAAUAACUUAUCCUCUCACGCGUGAAUGACAAUGACGACGAGAACGUAGUUUGUUGUGACGAGCCUCAUCAUUUUUAGCAAUCUAAUCUACUUUUGAGAUCAACGUAUUUUUGUAGUACAUCAUACCUAAAAAUUGGAUUUGCUCUGUAUGAACCUUAGGUUCUCGAACGUGGUAGACGAGCGAGAUUGGGAGGAGGCGAUCCGACUCACGGAUGCCUCGAAGGCGAGUGUCGUAGUCGAUCCUGAUGCCGCAGACGCAGCCGCGGAGCGAGAAGCUUUUGCGCGCGAUAUGCAGAUCGGAGAAAACCUUAUGCAACAACAUGACUUGCAUAUUACCUGAUGAAAAAGCAGAUCAAUAGCAUUGACGAGUUAUUUCUUAGUGUUUACACACAUUCAUCUUCUUUCUUAGUUCUUCCCUGUACUUGCACGGGCUGUAGUUGUAAAGAACUCAGGACCAAAAACUCAUUCUAAUGCAAAAGAGGCGGAUCCCGACGAGAUUGAUGAAAACGCGAUGCGGGAUCAAAUGGACGGCAUUGUUGGUGCUGCUAUUGAUGAAAUGGGAGAACAGCAGCAGAUGGGACAGGACGGAGAGGAGGGAGACUACAUGGGUAACAUCUGGGAUAUCCUGCGACAGGAAUUCCUCAAAGCUGGCCAGAACGUGCCGAUCUUCGUUACAGAACUGAAAAAGGCAGUCACUUCGCGAGGCUACAAUCAGCAACAGUUCGACACUACACUAGGAUUUUACGAAGACAUGGGGGUGGUCGAGUACACGGAUGCAACGCGAAACGCUGUCAAGGCAGGAGGAGAAUUGGAAUGAUGAAGUCAGCCACAAGAAGUUCGCGUUUAAAUCAUCAUUAGGAAAUAAGCAUCACACUCAGGAGCUUCAGACGGAAACGCGUCUUGGUUCUACUAUUGAACGAUAAACAAAAAGAUAAAGAGUCCUUUUUCAACUAUGAAAUCACCCUAGUUCAUGCGUCUGAUGUUGUCAUCAGUACAGUUACCGAUGGCGUUGUUCCUGAAUUUGACGUUGUUCUCUCCUUUCUGAAUUUGAGAUCAGUACAGUGGAUUUAGCACUAUGAUUAGCAGUCAGUUUUUGAUUCUCUAAAACCUAAAAGCACGGGCGUUUCGAACACACACUAAACGACUCAGCACGAAUUACAGUACAGAACGAAAGAACUGGGUCGAAUCUGAAUCCUAAAGAACUUCUUCUUUCAGUUUGGUUCUAGAAGUUCAUCGCGGUUUUUUUGGGAUCACCACGCGAUGAUGAAAACAAUCUUUUCAGAAAACCAAUUUCCAAUCCGAUCAUACAAAUUCUUGCGCCCUCCUACACACGAGUCGAUUCUCGCAUGUAUUUUUUUUAACUUGAUCCGCCCAAGUUGUUGUGGACGUUGAUUUGCUAGGUCGAUGAAAUGCACCAGUUCAAAAAGGAAAGAAGACGAAAGCCCAGGGCAGUCGUCGGCAGUCAUUUUUCUGUAUCGCACCAACUUUGCCUGAACCGCUUAGCUGAAAAAGGGCUGUUCAUUAUGUCACAAUGGCAGGUGGAAAAGCAUCUGGAUCUGCCCACGAC